AUGAAGAAGCGAGCAAGCAAGGUGCUAAAGGAUGCAGAUGAGGACGUCUUGUGCUGCUGCGAGUAUGUGAACAGGCACGGAGAGCGCAGCCAUGUAGCAGCCUGCUGCUGCGACUGUGAGGACCUGGAUGAUGCCUGUGACAGGUUUCUGAAGAGAGAGCCUCAGAAACCCGAUUCCCUGUCACAGGUGGCUGCACUUGUUUCAGACAGGAUUCGUGUGCCCUGGUUGUGUGGCGGAGCCCGAAAACUAGACCUGUCCAUCAUCCCUCCUCUUAUUCUCCUCCCUGCCCUACUUCAUUUGGCUGCUCUCCACUUCCUGCUCGGCAUGGUUAUUCUGACAGCUCUGCCCGGCUUAGUGUUGUGGUACUACUACUUCAUCCACCGUAAAAAAGGACGGACGCUCUUCUUCCUCAGCCUAGCCCUUUUCUCCUUGGCAUACAUGUACUACUUGUUCAUCACAGAGGUCCUUCCACAUGGGGAUGUUGGUCUGCUUGAGGUGGCAGCUGUAAGUCUAGGGGUCAUUCUCACUCUGCUAGCUCUUGUCCACACCAAGAGAGAUCCUGGCAUUGUUCGGCCAAAUCAAAAGGAAGUCCACAGCAAGGUGACAUAUUACAGCCCCCUGGCAGACAGAGACUCUUCUCUUAAUGGGGGGAGAAAGGAUGUGAUGCUGACAGCAGCCAGUCGGAUGAGUUUGGAGCAUGAGGGGCAUGAGCUGAAAGAAAAUAACCGACGAAACUGGUGUCCGGUUUGCCGGGUGGUGCGGCCUCCGAGGGCGGGACAUUGUCGGAUCUGUGGUGUUUGCGUGCUGCGUCUUGACCACCACUGUGUCUGGAUAAACAGCUGCGUGGGACAGGCCAAUCACUGCAGCUUCCUGCUCACACUCGUCUUCUUCCUGAUGACGUCCCUGUAUGGCAUCAGCCUCGUGCUGCAGAGUGUAUGUCCACAGCAAAACCUCUUCACAGCCUUAUUUUACUGCCCAGGUGUCUACAACCAGUACAGCACUGCGCUCUGUUUCACUUGUGCAUGGUACAGCAGUAUUGUGACUGGUGGGUUGCUCCACUUACUAGUCGUGCAAAUUAUCAACAUCAGCUACAAUGUGACUGAGCGUGAAGCACGAACGGCCCUGAGAGAGAAAACUGCCCGUAGCGCCUACUGGGGACUUGUUGUGGACACUGGCAUUUACUCUCAAGGUUUCCGUGGCAACUGGUCUGAGUUCAUGACCAUGAGAAACAAACUCAGCCCACCCUCUCCCACAGACCUGGUGUGAAACUGUUGUAGCUGUUAUUUUCUCUUGUCCACUGGAUGGCAGCAUGGCCUCUUUAUUGAACCCAAACCAACCCUCUGCUACUGACUGCAAACCUGAGAGCCGUCUAGAGUGCUGUCAUCAUCUCUUUAAGAAGCAAAUGCAGCUCCAGAGUUGCACCGACUCUUGACACUUGGCAGUAACAACUUGCACUC